AUGGACCACGACGAAUACCUCAAGCGCGUGCGCUCGUACAUCAAGGUCCCGACGAAGGAGAUUGAGGAGCAAUUAGAGCAGUUCUGCAAGCUGUGCACAUACGUGUCCGGCCAGUACGACCAGGAUGACUCGUUCAUCAACCUGCAAAAGCACAUCUCCGAUAUCGAGACGCGCCGGCAAGGCAAGGAGCAGAACCGCGUCUUCUACAUGGCAUUGCCCCCUAGUGUUUUCACCGUCGUGUCGGAGCAGCUGAAGCGCAACUGCUACCCCAAGAAUGGCCUGGCUCGGAUCAUCGUCGAGAAGCCGUUCGGCAAGGACCUUCAGAGCUCCCGAGACCUGCAAAAGGCUUUAGAUCCUAACUGGAAGGAGGAGGAGAUUUUCCGUAUUGACCACUACCUCGGUAAGGAGAUGGUCAAGAACAUUCUCAUCCUGCGGUUUGGCAACGAGUUCUUCAACGCUACAUGGAACCGUCACCACAUCGACAACAUCACAUUCAAGGAGCCGUUCGGCACCGAGGGUCGUGGGGGCUACUUUGACGAGUUCGGUAUCAUCCGCGAUGUCAUGCAGAACCGUAUGUGUACCCCUAUAAUAGUCACCGAAUAA